ACCGGGUUCACGACCCCUUGGAACUCCAGAUCCAGAGGAUCUGUCGCCCUCUUCUGGCCUCCACGGUCACAAGCGAACAUCCUCUACACAUGUGCGCACACGCAGGCACAAAAACACACAAAUUGUUUUAAAUUAAAUCUUUUAAAAGACAGAUCUUUAAAAGCACCCCUAUAAGCAACUUCGAAGAGGCACGUGCAACUCGUUACGCAUGCGCUCUAUCUUUUCAAUGAUUGGUGUGGGCUUGUACUUUCUACUUUCCUUAACAACGGUCACCGGGGAGACAAGAUUAGGAAGACGCCCUCUGCGGAUUGGCUGCCUCUCGCUUCACCACCUCCGAAGAAACACAACAAGGGGCAGGUCCGGGCUUUGCAGUGGGAGAGCUGGCUGCCCCAGAGCCCAGGCUGGAGAGCCCUUGUCUGAGGCUAAGAAGGACGAAGAGAUGAUUACCCCCAGAUCCAGCCAGAGCCUGGAAAUGAAGGUGCAGACGGAGUUGGAACAUUCUCCCAAACUGCAGGAGGAACCGGACAGGAGUCCCAGCUUGGUGGACAGCUCAGUCAUAAGGAUCGGAACAGAUGAGCAGAACGAGUCGCCAGCAGAGGCCACUAGUAGCCCUGUGGAGGUGGCUGAAGAUCCUGGAGCCAACUUGUUCCCGCCACCGCUACCCCAGCCCCGGAUCUGUAUGUGGAAAUACCUGGACAUCCAUUCUAUGCACAGACUGGAGAAGGCAGCCACCGUGGAAGAGAUGAGAGAGGUUCUUGCUGAGCUCCUGGAGCUUGGUGGUCCUGAGCAGAGCCUGCGGGAUGCCAUUAUCUUGGACCUCUUUUCCCAUGCACUCAUCUUCUGCCGUCAGCAGGGCUUUUCACUAGAGCAGACAUCAGCAGCUUGUGCCUUGCUCCAAGAUCUUCACAAGGCCUGUGUUGCUACACCUCUGGGCAACGUGGAGGAAUGCUACCGUUACUUUACCAGCGUUCUCUUUUGCCAUGGAGUCAGGCGGCCCCCUUUCAGCAUCGACCUCUUUAAAGAGGAGCAGCUGCUGGCAUUGGCAGACUAUGUGGUCAACACCUACUUCCGCCACUUCAAGCUCUACAAAUACGUCUUCACCCCACAGGUUCGUCUCGACCUAUCUUUGAGUUACAUGGGGCUACAGUCACUCCAUCUCUGGCCAGAGGAGAAAGAAGAUGAGGAGGCAACAGUAGAGCAAGCAGCUACUCCACAGGAGGAGGAGCCAGAGGCCGUGACCGAGGCAGAGCAGCAGCCAAGCGAGGUGUGCAUCCUCCAGACCUACAUCAAGUGUCAGCUGAACAAGGAGCUGAGGCAGCUCCAGCAGCUGGUGGAGGAGCGGCUCAAGGAGAGUGAAGAAAGGCUGAGCAACAGACUGGCUGCACUGGAACGGCCCUAUCAGACACCUCCUAGCAAAGGCAAGAGCAAGGCCAAGUGAUCCCCUGCGUUCUCUUCAAUAAAGACCUGGGCCACAGUGUCCCAUCUCCCC